AUGUCACCAUAUAUUCAAAAGAUUUCUGCGCCUGAUGCCAUACGUAGUUUGCUACCAAGACCAUGUGGUACAUAUAUUUUACGAUAUACAACAGCUAAUGAUGAUGUGAUUUCACUAAUUAAAAUCAAUGAUAAUUCAAACGAAGCGUCUUCUCGAGAUAAUUUUAUUAUUUUAUCAAUACGAGUCGAUGAAACUAUUUAUAAAUAUUAUAUACAACAUUAUCGAUUGCCUUGUAUUGUAGAAAAGAUGCAUGAAAAUACAUCACAACUAUUAGAUAUAUACAAUCAACAACAAAACAACUCCAAGACUAGCGCAUUUACACCUUUACAACAUGAAUUAAUUCUUCCACCAGAAGAUGAAGAUUGGUUUUUAGAUAAAAGACAUUUUUUAGAUAUUGAUUUUAAUAGAAUUCGAAAGCGUGGUGCACAUAAUCAAGGUAUAUCUACAGCUAUUUGGAAAUCGGAUAAACAAAAUGAUAUUAAAAUAUUUAUUAAACGUUUCACUAAAGAUAAUUUGUAUUUUCGGCAUGAACUUUCUUUACUCAAAGAUUUAUGUCAUUUUUCAAUUGUUACACUUUAUGGUCAAUAUUCUGAUAAUAAGUUUAGUUAUUUAGUAUUUGAAAACAGCGGAGAAUCAUUGGAAUCGUAUUGUCCAUUAAAAACUCGAUUAAUGAAAACAAAAAUGCGAUUUAUAUCCAAUGUUGGAUUUCAAAUUUCUUAUGCUAUGAUGUAUCUUGAAAAAAAAAAUAUCGUUCAUCGAGAUCUAACAGCCAGUAAUGUUCUUAUCAAUUCCUUUGGUUUUAUACGUGUUGCUGAUUUUGGCCAUGCAAUUAAAAAAGAAGAAGGAACAAAUCCUCUCGGCCGAUUACAAACAACUAAUGGAGUAAAUCGAUUUCAAUUUCGUUUUCUCGCACCGGAAUGUUUGCCUGAUUCCAAGCAAAAAGGAGCGACAGAAAAACCAAUCGUUUUUAGUCAAGCAGAUAUUUAUGCAAGAUUUUCAUCAAAAAGUGAUGUCUGGUCAUAUGGUAUUCUAUUGAUACAAUUGAUGCUUGAUGAUCCAAGUAUGCCAUAUCCUAGUAUAUCCGACGCCAAUGAUUUGCCGCAAUAUGUCAAAGAAGAGGGUAAGAUUCAUCCACAACCAUCGGAAUGCCCGAUGGAUAUGUAUUUAAUACUCAAGCAAUGUUGGGCUUAUGAAGCGAAAAAUCGUAUUUCAUUUAGUGAAAUUCGAGAUCGAAUGAACGCGUUAAACACAAUCUUUAACUGA